AUGCGUGUCCAAAGUGUCUACAGCCCUGCAGGAAACACCACAUAUUCAGAGGUCACAGGAACAGAUGGGAACAACAUCAGAAACUCGUAUAAAACAUUGCAUCGGCCGGGAAUCGAACCCGGGCCGCCCGCGUGGCAGGCGAGCAUUCUACCACUGAACCACCGAUGCGUGUCCAAAGUGUCUACAGCCCUGCAGGAAACACCACAUAUUCAGAGGUCACAGGAACAGAUGGGAACAAAGAAAGUAAAAUUGCAUCGGCCGGGAAUCGAACCCGGGCCGCCCGCGUGGCAGGCGAGCAUUCUACCACUGAACCACCGAUGCGUGUCCAAAGUGUCUACAGCCCUGCAGGAAACACCACAUAUUCAGAGGUCACAGGAACAGAUGGGAACAACAUCAAAUACCUUCCAAAGUGUCUACAGCCCUGCAGGAAACACCACAUAUUCAGAGGUCACAGGAACAGAUGGGAACAAAAGAUUGCAUCGGCCGGGAAUCGAACCCGGGCCGCCCGCGUGGCAGGCGAGCAUUCUACCACUGAACCACCGAUGCGUGUCCAAAAUGUCUACAGCCCUGCAGGAAACACCACAUAUUCAGAGGUCACAGGAACAGAUGGGAACAACAUCAGAAACUCGUGUAUAA